CUCCUCUCUCACUUUUCUUUUCCUUUUGCUCGGGGACCCUCCAUCUCCAAGACCAUUCUUCUCUCCUCUCUCACUUUUCUUUUCCUUUUGCUCGGGGACGACCGAUGGACGCAGUUCGUCUGCUCGGGGACGGCGACGGCGACGAUGGAUGGACGGGAAAGAGGAAGGAUGGAGGCGGCUGCGUGAGGCGACGCGAUGAGGACGAGAUCUGGGCAGCGGCGAGGAAGGGAUCUGGACGGGUGCGACGCGACGAGGAAGGAUCUACAUGGCGGCGAGGAACAGAGGAAGGCGGCGGCCGUGAAGCGACAAGGAAGGGAGCUGGGCGGCGGCCGUGACUCGUGAGGAUGAGGGUCUGAUGAGGGGAUUAUAGGGUUUCAGAUUGGGGUUAUGGGUUUUAUAUGUCAUUUUAUUUUCAGGGAGGGCAAUAUAUGAGGGUUGGUCGGCUUGGUUUGAUUUUUUUCGGAUAACCGCGGUUAAUAAUGGUUGGUUACUCGUUUAUCCAAAGCUUUUUAAACUCCUCCGUCCACCGACCGAAGUAAUUUUAGUCUCGGUUUUUGGUUAGCCGAAAACCGAUCGGUUCGGUUGUAACCGACGGUUAUCCGCUAACCGGAAACCGAACUGCCAGCCCUACCUCUCUUAUUGUCACUCUAAUAGUCAUACAGUAUAACUCAAACCAAUGACAUAUAGGGUUCCUCUCUUACAUGGUGAACGCGCACAUAGAAGGUUAUUGAGUAGUAUGAUUGUCCUCUAUUUCUUUCUUGCUUAAAAUUAGGGAUAGCAAUGGGUCGGGUUGGGAGAUAGUGCAUAUUUGUUAUCCUACCCAAUGUAGUUUGGAUUUUACCCAUACACAAGAAAAUGGGUAGAAAAUCAAAAUCAAAAUCAUACCCAUAUCCGUUCGAGUUUCGGGUAUCCAUGGUUAUUCAUGGGUAAUAAUUUCUCUUUAAAAGUCCAAUCAAUAUGUUAACAUUUA